GACCCCCAGCCAGAUCUCGCACCUCCCGUCUUCCCCCCUCUAACAGCCACCAACAAUCAACAGCCACAAUGCCGCUCGCACGCAAACAUGGAACGCGCGGUGGCGCCCCGCGCCGGCACGUCAGGCGGGGUGGUGUGUGGGUUAGUACGAGGGGCCGCCACUCGCCAGUCGGCCGUCUAUCGGACCCUGCAGGCAGGAUGAUCCCUAUCCUCAUCCUCGCUCUAGUUACUGCCUCACUCUCCAUCCCACCACCCACUUGAAUCAACUCGCCGGCCGAGACCAGACCAAAAACGGUACACGGGGCGAGACGAUAACCCACGCGCGCUGGCGAUGAGACUCUGAGAACGCAGCGCGACGCAACGCAGCAGCCGGAAGACCUGCCCGCUCGAACCUAGGCUCGGCCGCCGCCGCAGGGGAGAGUGAGGGUUGAGGUUGCAGCAGAGGCGGCGGCGGCGCUGCGUGCCAGUGGCGUGUGACACGUCUCUCUCUGUGUCUGUCUGUGUUAUGUGUGUGUGGGUGUGCCAGGCGCACACGGCACACACGCACAAAAGCAGGAGAUGCUGCUGCCGCUCCGCCAUGUCCUGGCGGCCUCGUCCCUCGUCGCCUCUCCGUGCCUCCCGCGGGUCACGCUCGCCGGCUUCAAGAUGCAGCUCUCGCGCCUCCUCGGGCUCGAGGCCCUCGCCGCCACGCAAGUCCUCGCCGCCGCCACCGCUAACACCGUCAACACAACCACCGCUGCCGCCACGACGGCGUGCAACGGGCACGGCGAGCUCUGCGGACGGCGCUACUCGGACGUGACGGUCAUCGGCUCGCACAACAGCGCCUUCGUCGGCGACUCGCCCGCGCACAAUCAGUACGUGUCGGUGACGCGGCAGCUGGACCUGGGCGUGCGCUUCCUCCAGGCGCAGACGCAGGACAAGGGCGGCGUCAUCGAGCUGUGCCACACGUACUGCUGGGAGCUCGACGCGGGGCCCCUGACGGCGUACCUGCGCGAGGUGGCCGCCUGGCUCGCCGCGCACCCGGACGAGGUGCUGACGCUGCUUCUGACCAACAUUGACGCCAUCCCCGUCGACAAGUUCGACGCCGCCUUUGACUCGGCGGGGCUGCGGCAGCACGUCUUCCGGCCGGCCUCGGGGCGCCUGGCCAAGGACCAGUGGCCGACGCUGGCAGAGCUCAUCGGCGCGGGCACGCGGCUCGUCGUCUUCAUGGACUACCACGCGGACCCGUCCAAGGUGGACUAUGUGAUGAGCGAGUUCGACUACUUCUGGGAGACGCCCUACGGCGUCACGGACAAGGCGUUCCCGACGUGCGCCGUCGACCGGCCCGGCGGGGGCGACCCCCAGAAGCUCAUGGGCAUCAUGAACCACAUGCUCAACUUCAAGAUUGGCGACAUUGUGUUCCCGGACCAGCUCGACGCGCCGCGCACCAACUCGCUCGACUCAAUCCGGAAGCAGGUCGACCUGUGCAAGGGCCAGGGCAGGCCGCAGCCCAAUGUGAUUUUGGUGAGUUUGAGGACCCUGUUUUUGCUGCUUUCUUUCUUGCACGGAUGGCGUUUGGGGCCUCGAGAUCUCACGUGUGACUUUUCGUUGACUGACGUGCGCGCUGCUAGCUGGACUGGGUCAAUAUUGGCGAGGCGCAAAAGGCGCAGCUGGUGUUGAAUGGAUUGGCGUGAAGCCACGGGCGUCUAUGAAUUACGCGAUGGAUAUGAGCCAUGGUUGUUCUGGAGUAUGGAACUGUUGGUGUUUGGUUGUUGGGUCUGCCGUCCAUCUCUGGUUAUCUAUAGUAUAUACUGUAUAAGAGCCGGCCAGACGUUCAAGGUACGCCCGGCAGACAGCAUGAAAGUCAAUGCCUGCGGGUCGGGACUUUGAAAUAAAGAAUCUCUUGGCAAGG